AUGGAUUCCGCAAUGGAUACUGCGUCCACGGCUAGCGAUCACAGUAUCGCUUCGUCAAACGAUUCCCGGGGCCGACACAUUUCGUCCCCGAUACAGCACAACCACAAUGGUAGCAGCAGCCAUCAGCAUCCGUUAGACAAAACGCGUACACCGACGCCCGUCAGCCCGGUGCACAACAGCCACAGCGGUGGCAGUAAUAACGGGCCGCUGAGCAAUCACCACGGUGGCCGCCAACUUUCGUCUAGUCCGCUGAGCGUCAGUGCCCAGGCCCAGAUGAUGGGCCACAUGGCGCACCCACUGAGCCCGCCGCACGUUUCGACACCGUCCAGCAUGGCGGGCAUGGUCGGGAUGCCACCGAGGAUGGCCCAGAACCUGUCGCACCUGCCACCGCACGGGCUGGGCCUGCUGAACUCCUUCAUGCAUCAUGCUAGUCCACUCGAUCUGAUGGCCGCGGCCCACCAUCAUGUGCCGCCGCGAUCGUACAACAGUCCACCGCCGAUAUCCAGUUCUGAUCCCACGGCCAACGAGUGCAAGCUGGUCGACUACCGGGGCCAGAAGGUAGCUGCCUUCAUGAUACAGGGUGAAACGAUGCUAUGUCUUCCGCAGGCGUUCGAGCUGUUUCUGAAACAUCUCGUCGGUGGCCUGCACACCGUCUAUACCAAGCUGAAGCGGCUGGACAUUGUGCCGCUCGUGUGCAACGUCGAGCAGGUUCGAAUACUGCGCGGGCUCGGCGCCAUCCAACCGGGCGUUAACCGCUGCAAGCUGCUGUCCUGCAAGGACUUUGACGUCCUGUACAGGGACUGCACCACGGCAAGAUGCUUGUCCAUAAAGCCACCUGAGAGUCUUAACUCCAGUAACUCUCUGCUAUCGCACAGUUCCAGGCCCGGCAGACCGCCGAAGCGAGGCCCUGUAGGACUUUCCAUGCCCACGUCGCACAUGCCGCACCAUCCGCAGCUGAAGAAGCAUCGGCUAGACAACGGCGAGUUUGUGUACGAGAAUGGACACCUCAGUGAUCUGCCCCGGCUGGAUAAAUCACCGCUGCUCGCGAACGGUUACAAUGCGCCGCCGACGCACCUGAACCACAUACCGUUCAUGCAGAUGAACCCGCACCCGUCGGCCGGCGGUCACCCGCUGAUGAGCCCCGGCGUCAACCCGCACGGCAUCCAGCGGCCGGACGGUUCCAUCAUCAAAGGGCAAAACAUCCCGGGUAUGGAGGCGAUCGCAAGGUCGCACCACACGGGCAUUUGGGAAAAUUGCAGAGCUGCCUACGAGGAUAUAGUGAAGCAUCUGGAAAGACUACGGGAGGAACGGGGCGAUGACAGGACGCCAAACGUUGACCACAAACCGCGCGAUCUGAGCUCCCAGGGCAGCGGUCCACCGCUGACGGAUUCGCCGAACGGCCAGAGCCCGGCCCUGAACCUGUCCAAGUCGGGCGUGGGCGAUCAUGGUGGCGUUGGCGGUGGCGGUGGCGUCGGUGGAGCGGGCGGUGUUGGCGGUGGCAGCAGGCCCCAAAGUGAACGAAGCAACCCGAUCUCACCGGAACCGUCCGUGCACGAGGAGGACGAAAAUAUGAGCGAGGCGAACAUAUCCGAUACGGAAGAACCGAACGAUAAGGACGAAGACAUCAGCGACUGCGAGCGGGAUAUGCAUUCGCCGGUGGCGGCCGUCAUGCCGAUACCGGCGGAGAUCGAGGCGCACCGGCAGCAGGCGCUGAAUUAUUCCAGCUUGGCGGCGAGCGUCGCUGUGGGCGCGGUACCAACCGGACCGGACCCGAACAUAUCAUCCACCGAGACGCUACUGCGGAACAUCCAGGGGCUGCUAAAGGUGGCCGCCGAUAAUGCCAGACAGCAGGAGCGACAGACGUCCUACGAAAAAGCCGAGCUGAAGAUGGACGUAAUCAGAGAGCGCGAGGUGAAGGAUUCGUUCGAGCGUCAGUUGGCCGAUGAAAAGCGAUUACGAGCACUGUACCAAAAGCGAUUUAAAAAGGAGCGUCGAUUGCGCAUCCAGAUACAGGAGCGGCUGGAUGGCGAGCGGAAGCGACGCGUACAGCUGGAGGACAUCAUCAAGGCAUCCGGCGCACCAGCAGAGGCACUCCGUAUCAUUGCCGAAAACAUCAGCACCGAUCAGCAGCAGCGUGAGAAGGAAACGCGCGACACGGAACGCGACAAGGACCGGGACAAGGAGCGGGAACGUGAUCGGGACCGCCGGGAACAACGUGAUAAAGGACAGGAACGUGAGCGAGAGCAUCAUCUUCAGCAAUCGGCGGCGGCAACACUGUCCGGUGCACCGGACCGGACCCGGCCCGACCGGGGCACUAUCGAGGAAUCGUUGCGUGCCGAUAGGCAUCGGAUCGAGGCGGAACGCGAACGCCGCGCGUCCUCAUCCGAGCGCUACUCGAAGGAGGAAAGUCCCGCACCGAACCAUUCGUCAUCGUCACGCCCGAGCCAGGAGGUGUCACCAUCCCAGCCGCCGAUCAGCGAAGGUAAAUCGUGGAACUAUUCCGGCCUCGACAUCAUGGCGACCGGGGCCUUCUGGCAGAAUUAUUCCGAAUCCCUCGCCCAAGAGCUGGAACUCGAGCGGAAGGCACGCCAGCAGGCAACGGAAGGCGAGGUGAAAGGACCGCUCCAGGAUCGUUCGAAUUAUUACAAAAACUCCGUACUAUAUACCAGUGCCACAUAGUUCAAAUUAACGCUAACCUUUAUCGAAAACCCACAUUUUCAACACCACUAUCGUACUGGUAACCAUCCCGCGUAACACAUGUGCAAUUAUAUUUAAAACAAAAGAAAACAAAGCAAAACAACAAAAAAAUAAAGCAGCAAAGAUCUUCAAGCAUCUCACACCCGUCACCAUCAGGCCCCGUGAUAUGUUAACUCAUUACCGGACACCACCUGACCGGUGGCCGGCUAACGUAUAUGUUCAGUAACGUGUGGUUCAUGUGGAGCAUAUCACCAGAUAGGGUGAUAAAACCGGCACAGAGAAGCAGGGAGCGGCAUCGGCAGCAAAAAACAGAGUGAUCGGAAAGGAAAUUAGCGCAAAAACACACAUUAACGCAUGCCCGGCACAACUGCAGAAACUGAACUUUGAAAAGCUUUCGCGCAAGACACGAACGCCCUAAAACGAGCGCUCUCGAACGAGUCGAACAGGCCAGAGCUUAGAAUGUGGGGUAGCAUACUGGCUAUGGUUCCUUCACCCCCGGGGAGCUUUCGAAUACGCAGCAGCACGAAUGGCCACUUCGAUGCGAUCUCAACUCCUUUGCACACGUUGCACACACGCCACGCAGUACAGUGUGAUCAUUCGCUCUGCUAUAGCAUUACAUCACGCGCCACUACAUUCCGGAAGGUUCGGCCGGAACUCGCUCCCAUCCGACAUCCGACAGGAUCGCAGCAUACGGUGCAAUGUAUCAUAUACGUAGGAGGUAUACAUAUACAUGCAGAGGGCCGGUUUUUUUUAUAGCGAACAAUGUAGCACUACUAUUCGGAACGCAGACGGAAUCCGAUUACGAACGUAAACUCAUUAACAAACAAUCACCCUUAAAAAUAAAAGCUUUGUACGAAGAAGUAUUGGAUAAUACACACUCACACACAUACACACACACACACACACACCCACACACACCCACACACACACACACAAACACACACCGAUUCUUAACUUAUUAAAGUAUUUCACUUAUUUCGCAUCGAACAACAUCAUCUAUUUCGACUGUGUGGUACGUAGCAAACACCCCGACUGUGUCCCGCGACUGGUAGUCUGGACAAGCAUUUGCAUUAGGCAAACCCUGCUGAAAAAUAAACAAAAAAAAACUCGAUUCCAAAUCCACACAACUUGAUAGAUUGGACGAAACAUUCGAUCGAUGAUAGGAUGAUGAGCAUACAACAACAACAACAACAAAAAAAGAUUAGAAAGAAAGGAAAGCAAGUGAUUACCGUCUGUAUUUGUGUUUAAACAUUAAGGAAACAAAACAGUAUGCGA